AUGUCGCCAGAAGCCUCCGGCGCACCGCCAAUCUCUGGCCUGCUAACGGUCAUUAUCACAACUUCUGUUACGCCCUCAGCCCCUUCAACAGAUCUUAUAUCCACCAUCCUAAGUGGCUUUAGGAAGCACUGUGCUGAGUUACUGCACUGCCGGGUCAUAGUGGUCUUCGACAAUUAUGAUCAGAUUACACCUCAAGCACGUUUGAAGAAGGGACAGGUGACUCCCGAGCAGGCACAGGAUUGGGACUUGUACAAAGAAAACGUGAAAGAUCUCAUCCUCGAAAAGUUUCAAGUUAUUAAAACCGAUUCCGAGUUUGUCAACCUUCCUGGCGAAGCCGAGUAUGGCUCACCAUUUAUGGAGGCAAACACUGUUGCCUUUGACGCAGUGCGGUCGGCGGACAAGCGGGUUACCUUCAUAGAACCCUCAAGACGUCUAGGAUUCGGACUGGCGGUGCGAACUGCUCUGCGGAUGACUGAUACACCCUAUGUAUGGAUACAGCAGCACGAUUGGGGUCUGGUUGCUGAUGUUCCAGCCGAAACCCUGUUGCAGGUCAUGGCGGGUUCGGAGUCAGACGACGAAGCCCCUGUGAAGUAUGUGUGUUUUCCAGCGGUUCGCAUGCUUGAAUACGCAACAUCUGGAGAUGUUGAGCAUUUCACAGUGCUCAAGGACUUGACAUCAAGACUCAGACGCGACUUCAUGUCGGCAUCGAACCCCAAAAUGAAGAUACCCUUGACCCCCUUAUUCUUCUGGCAUGACAAGCCACACGUUGCCUCGACAGGACACUAUCUCGCCACAGUUUUCCCCAGUCGCCUGGCCAUGCUACGCGGCGACUUCAUUGAGGACAAGAUUGGUCAACGCGCAAGGUCGCAAAUGAAAGAGGGCCACUGGUCAAAAUGGGCAACCUGGCUCUACUACCCCGAACAUGGUCGGCAGCUCUGCUUGAGACAUCUUCAAGGAAGGACCCGCAUGGGUGCAGAAGAUCAGUCAAAACGGAAUGCUGCGCACCGAGAACGAAACAAGAAGGAGCUACAGCAGAAGGCGGUAUUCCAGACGUCGGUUCUGAACCAACUUGACGACGCUGACGACAUUGGUCUGGAAGGUCUCUUUUGA